UUCUGAAGACAAUUUUUUCAAACACCUGUUAUCUUAUCCUCUAUUAUUACCAAAAUGUCCAAACUCACCGAUUUUAAGUUACUUUCUUUCGACGUCUACGGUACUCUUAUCGACUGGGAACGCGGCAUGCUCGCUGCUCUGGAGCCCAUGCUUGAAAAGUCGGGCAGUCCCAAUAUAGACCAGAAACACAUCCUCGAGGUUUUACAUCCCAUCGAAGCCGCGGAAGAGACCAAGAACCCCGGUCUUAAAUACUCAGAAAUUUUGACGGCUGUACAUCCGAAACUAUGUGAAAAGUUGGGACUACAGAAGCCAACUGCGGAAGAGAGUAAGAGGUUCGGGGACAGCGUGGCAGAGUGGCCGGCAUUCGAGGAUAGCGUGGAGGCGUUGAGGAGAUUGAGCAAGGUGUACAAGCUUGUUGUGUUGAGCAAUGUCGACAACUCGUCUUUCCAAAAGAAUCGUGUUCAUCCCAAGGGGCUCCAGGGUUUCGAGUUUGAUGCCAUCUACACCGCUGAGGACAUCGGAAGUUACAAGCCUAACCUGAAGAAUUUCGAAUACAUGCUCAAGAAAGUCGAGCAAGACUUCGGAGUAAAGAAAAAUGAGGUACUCCAGACUGCUCAGUCACAGUACCAUGACCAUCACCCGUCGAAACAAAUUGGAAUCAAGAGUUGCUGGAUCUUUCGACCCAAGGCCGUUAUGGGAAACCGGAAGGACCCAUGUUGGAACUGGAAGUUCGAUACGUUAGGGGACGUGGCAGAUGCAGUGGAGAAGGAGAUUGCAGAGGGGAAACAGUAGGAUUGGUCAUGUCGAAAAUACUGAUUUGACGAUCGUAACUGCAUAACUAUUUCACCGCUGAUGACGGAACACUUAUUUUACUUUGAUAUAUUGUGUGGAAUAUCUUGGCGAGGGGAAAAUUGCCAGUUAGUCUAUCGCACUGGUAGCCCGCAUAUAUGGAUAUCUCAAUUUGAUUUCACGAAACGUAGUGCCAACGGGUGUAGGGAUGAACUGAAUAACCACUUUAUCAAGAUAACCAGCCAGGGGAUACUUGUCUAUCAAUCAGACUACGGGGAGUCAAUACUAAUAACAAAGCGCGGCUACCAUCAGAGCUCUGCGGACUACGUUGCCCAGCUUCCGCUUA